AUGGACAGUGGAAGGGUGUGCUGCGGUUGCAGCAAAAACACGAAAAGCACCCUAGCUUGCCCUGUCUGUAGAACGAAGGGUAACAUCAAAAUUUUUUGCUCUCAAAGUUGUUUUAAAUCCAAUUGGACAACUCACAAUGUAAUUCAUGAGUUGGAGCCUUCAGCCGCAGAUGUGCCCGGUGAUAAGUGGGAUAUAAGCUUAGAUCCGAAACUGAGGCGUUUCCGAAACUUUCGCUUCACUGGUAAUUUACGACCAUGGCCGACAACCCCUCAAAAGACUGUUCCUUCACACAUAGCAUGCCCAGAUUAUGCGCAUGAUGGUAACCCUAAAUCUGAAUUCGACCUCAAGAGCGCCGGAACAAUACGAGAGAAUAGCCCCGAGGAAAUAAAGUUGAUAAGGAAAGCGUGUAUCUUGGGAAGGAAAGCAUUGGAUUACGCUGCCAGUUUGAUAGCUCCAGGCGUAACCACCGAUGAGAUUGACACUAAAGUGCACGAUUUCAUCGUGAAACACAACGCAUAUCCGUCGCCUCUAAACUACUACGGAUUUCCGAAGUCGAUAUGCACGUCCGUCAACGAGGUUGUAUGCCAUGGCAUACCUGACUCAAGGCCACUAAAGGAUGGUGAUAUAAUAAAUAUCGACAUUUCCGUGUACUUAAAUGGGGUACAUAGCGAUCUGAAUGAGACCUAUUUCGUCGGUGAGGUUGAUGAGGACUCCCGGCGCCUGGUUACUGGAACCUACGUGGCAUUGAUGGACACCAUCAAACAAUGUAAGCCGGGCAUGUAUUAUCGCGAGAUCGGAAACCUGAUUAACCAUAUAGCCGAUGACUACAACCAUUAUGCUGGACGCCUGCUGCGCGUGACCAAUAUGCGCAAACAUUUUAUCCGAUUGGCGUGCGAAGCCGAGGUGCUCAUGCUUUACAGGCUUUCUGUUGUGAGGACAUACUGUGGACACGGUGUGGGUGUAGAGUUUCACUCGCUACCUAACAUCCCGCAUUAUCGCAAGAAUAAGGCGAUUGGUAUACUACGACCCGGGCACGUUUUCACUAUUGAGCCCAUGUUGAACCUAGGCGGUUGGCGUGACGUCAAGUGGCCCGACGACUGGACUGCUGUGACCAGUGAUGGAAAACGAUCUGCUCAGUUUGAGCACACUCUGCUAGUGACGGAAACAGGCGUUGAAAUUUUGACUAAGCGUUUGCCUACAUCGCCGCCGCUGCAAUUUGAUAUAUGA